CACGCAUUUGGAUUAUAUUCAUGUACUCUGAUAUUUAUCCUGCCCAGCUGCUGCGGCAGCUUCUACUUCAACAUUACUUCCCAAUCAAACCGCCCACUUCCACAGAUUCACAAAAUGAAUUUGACAAAAGCUUUAACUUCCUUUGUUGCAGCUCAAAAGUUGAAUGAAGAACUCUUGGUGGUGGUAGGAGGUGGAGCAGCAGGUGUUUAUGGAGCUAUUAGAGCUAAAACCCUCGCCCCCAAUCUCAAUGUCGUUGUUAUUGAGAAAGGAAGACCCCUUUCCAAGGUUAAAAUUUCCGGAGGAGGCCGAUGCAAUGUGACGAAUGGGCAUUAUACUGAUGCAAAGAGUUUGGCAGAGCAUUACCCUAGAGGGCAUAAAGAAUUUAGGGGUCCUUUCUUCAAUGUUCACGGUCCGAUGGAUACAAUGUCCUGGUUUUCCAAUCAUGGAGUUGAACUGAAGGUUGAGGAUGAUGGAAGGGUUUUUCCUGUCAGCAAUUGUUCUUCUUCGGUAGUUGAUUGUUUGAUGUCUGAAGCCAAACGCACUGGAGUUUCCUUGCAGACUGGAAAGGUUGUUGCAAGUGCAUCAAUUAGUACUGGUGGAAAGUUCGCUUUGAAGAUUCAAAAGCUUAUCAAUUGUUUUGAACAUGUUGAAGCAAACUAUUUACUGAUUGCUAGUGGGAGUAGUCGGCAGGGCUUUAGUCUAGCUGCUCAGCUUGGACAUUCACUCAUUGACCCGGUGCCUAGCUUAUUUACUUUCAAGAUUGAAGAUCCUCAAUUGGCAGAGUUGUCUGGGGUUUCAUUUCCGAAGGUCAGAGCAAAGCUUAAGUUAGAAAACAUACAACGGCAUCUCCCACAAUAUACUCAGGUUGGCCCUAUGCUUGUCACACAUUGGGGACUUAGUGGACCGGUAAUUCUUCGUUUAUCAGCUUGGGGUGCUCGUGACCUAUUCGCUUCAGAUUAUAAAGGCCUGCUCAUUGUGGAUUUUACACCUGAUUUGCAUUUGGAAGAAGUCAAAACAAUUCUUACCCGGCAUAAAUCUCAGUUUAUGAAACAAAAAGUGCAUAGUUCGUGUCCUUCAGAGUUUGGCCUAGUGAAAAGAUUUUGGAAAUAUUUAUUGGAUCGAGAGGAAAUAAAUGAUGAGAUUUUGUGGGCUUCCAUCUCAAACAAAUCGUUAGCUUCCAUUUCUUCUCUGUUGAAGCAAUGCAUAUUUAAGAUCUUGGGGAAGGGUCAAUUUAAGGAUGAAUUUGUCACCGCUGGAGGCGUUCCGCUAUCAGAGAUCUCACUUAAAACAAUGGAGAGCAAAAUUCAUUCUCGCCUAUUCUUCGCCGGGGAGGUGCUAAACGUUGAUGGCGUAACAGGAGGUUUCAACUUUCAGAAUGCUUGGUCCGGUGGCUACAUUGCGGGAACUAGUAUUGGUAGACUGGCAAAUGGUGAGUUUCUAGGGAGAGAUAUAACCAAUUUAGCCUAAGCAUUUUUACCUGAAAUCUUAUUUAACAUAACAUUUGAUGUAGAGAUUGGAUUUAUCUUUUCUUUUGCGGAUAUGAUUUAGAUUGAGUGGUAAUUUAGAUUGAGGUUAAAGGUUUCAAUUCUUACCAUUC